GACCUGCUGUGCCUUUCACAAGACCGAGCCGAGAGCUCCACACAUCAUAACAGGCAGUAACAGACCGACGAGCACACAGCAAAGUCGCCGACUUUGUGGAAGUAGAAGCGAGGCUGUGUUGAAUCUCCUGACCCGCCUGUAGUUCACCUCUCCAGGAGGAAGACGACGACGACCCUCCGGUCUGCACUUUGUUUUGGAGGACAAUGAAGCUCCCCACGCUGCUGCUGCUCCUGACCGGCUCUCUGCUGUUCAUGCUGCCGCUGUUGGGCUCCUGUCACCCGGCACCGACCUCAGAGCAGCACAGGCUGGUGAUCAUGGAGCAGUUCACUCACCAAGGUGUCGGAUUUGAUUGGAAGAAUGUCACCUGCCCUGUGUGCAAAGCUGUCUUCACCAUCCUUGAUAUCGCACUUCUGGCUGAUGCGAAUGAAGAGCGAGUGGCUCGCGCAGUAGGCGAGGCGUGCAUCCGUCUCCAUCUGGCCGAUGAGCAGGUGUGUCGAGAAAUCACGGAGUUGUUCAGGGACGACUUCAUCCGGGCUCUGCAGCAGUCCUUGCUGUGGCCCACCGAAGCCUGCGCCGUGCUCGUGGGCCCUUCCUGCGGCAAAUUUGACAUCUACGCCUCCUGGAACAUCACCCUGCCAACGGUCACUAAGCCCCCCGUUACACCACCCUCUCCUCCCAAACCUGGUUCUCCAAAGAGCAGGGUCCUGUUUCUAACAGACAUCCACUGGGACAAGGAGUAUGCAGCCGGCAGCGCCGCAGACUGCAAGCACCCUCUGUGUUGUCGUAACGACUCAGGCUCUCCCAGCUGGAAGCGGAGGCAGGCUGGGUACUGGGGAACCUACAGUAAAUGUGACCUGCCUCACCGGACGGUGGAGAACCUCCUGGAAAACGUUGCCAGAGACGGACCCUGGGACUGGGUGUACUGGACCGGAGACAUACCAGCGCACAAUGUUUGGUCACAGACCAGGAAACAGCAGCUGUCAGAGCUUACAGUCAUCUCCAGGCUCAUCCACAAACACCUGGGGCCUAACGUGACGGUUUACCCUGCUGUAGGGAACCACGAGAGCACGCCUGUCAACAGCUUCCCACCACCCUUUGUUCAUGGCAACAGAUCCUCCGCCUGGCUCUAUGAUACAAUGGCAGAGGAAUGGAAACCAUGGUUACCAGAGCAGGCUUUGAAGACUUUGAGGUACGGAGGAUUCUACACAGUGAAGAUUCAGCCUGGUCUGAGGGUGGUCUCUCUCAACAUGAACUUUUGCGCUCGAGAAAACUUCUGGCUGAUGGUGAACUCCACAGAUCCCGCUAACCAGCUGCAGUGGCUGGUCCAUAUUCUCCAGGCCAGCGAGGACAAGGGAGAGAAGGUACAUAUCAUUGGUCACAUUCCACCUGGCCUGUGUCUUGGCAGCUGGAGCUGGAACUACUAUCACAUCAUCAACAGGUAUGAAAGUACAGUUACUGGACAGUUUUUUGGCCACACACACCUGGAUGAGUUCCAGAUGUUUUAUGACGAGGCAACCAUGACCCGCCCAUUGGGAGUGGCAUUCAUUGCUCCCAGUGUCACGACUUACAUUAAUCUGAACCCAGGUUUCCGUGUCUACUAUGUGGAUGGGAACUACCAAGGCAGCUCUCGGCUGGUGCUCGACCACGAGACCUACAUCCUCAACCUCACAGAGGUCAACCACAGUCCGGAAGCGCCAGGUAGCCCAGAACAGAACCCCAAAUGGACACUGCUGUACCGUGCCACCGAGGCGUACGGUCUGACCAGUCUGUUCCCUUCCGACUACGACGGGAUGCUGCAGACCUUUGUCAAAGAUGACCACAUGUUCCAGAAGUUCUGGUACUUCAGACACAAAGGACACGUGUCAGAGCCGUGCAAGGAGACAUGCAAAACCUCAUUGCUGUGCUUCCUGCAUAGCGGGCGGUACGACGAGCUGGAGCAGUGCGACCUCUUCAAUGGGUUUGGAGGAAGCUUGGCCCGGGCGGCCAGAAAAACCCUCUGUUGACCUCUGAAGGUUUGAACUGGAUGUUUGGGUGAUGAAAAAGCACCAUGACCAAAUAUGAAAUUGAGCCAAAAAGUGUAUUUUUUCCUGUUGCUGGUUUGGUCAACAAGGAUUGUUGUAUUUGUUUGAUAACAUAAAGCACUUGAGCUAGUAGUCAUUACUCUGGCAGUUUAGAUGGAUGUCAUGAACCUCACAUUGUCUGAAGAGUUCUCAGAUAUGCCUUGUGUUAUCAGUAAUGUUUUUACAAAACACCUGAUUAUGAUUGUAGCAGGUUUUGGGUUUGUCGACUGCUGUUUUGCAAUGCCAAUGUCGUAAAGACUGCAUGAAGUAGUCCCGAAAGGUGUUCUGUUUACUUGAAAUGCACAGAAGCAUUAGGUGGAUUGUGGAUCAUUUCUAUUAUACCGGGUGUCCUUCUUGGUCUGUCCCACAAUGCAUUGUAAAGCAUAUCAGUUGGCCCCUUACGUUACUGAAUGUGGUGGAUGAAUGGAUCUCAGCCAUCACUUCUCAGGUUUGAGCUUUGCGAUGUGUUUCCACGCAGAACAGAGCAUCUUCACUCAAUCAUUUUGUCUUCCGUCGUCAGCACUUUUUUGUGGGGAUUUAGGUCAGUAAAGUAUUUACCUUAAUUUGCCUCAGCAAAGACGUCUUCAAACCUAAACAAGGAAUCAUAUUUCUCAUCGAGGUUUACUUCUGUCUGCACUUUAAUUGUUUGUCGGCUACUUACUGUCCAGGUUUGAUAGACUCGGAGUGUGACGAGCACGAGAAGGCUCUCUGCUCUUGGUCUAUGCGAACUGUGGCGUGUCAUGAGCGUGACAAGUAAUACAACUUGUAAAAAUGAGCAAUGAUUUAAAGAGAUUGUAUGAAUAAUGAAAUAAAGAUUUAAUCUGAUA